AAAAAAAAUCUUUAAAUUUAUCAUAUCAUAUAUUAAUAUAUAGUUUUGUAGAAAAAAUAACCUUAGUCGGGUCUUUCAAUCAUAUAGAUAUGUUUUAUAUUGAUAUUUCUGAACUACUGUCCUGAAGGACAAUUUGUUAUGAGAUAAUUUUAUAGGCAGAAAACAUGUUCUACGUGGAGGAUUAGAUGCAGAUAUUUGUUCAUCAGACCGUUACCAGCCAUGGCCAAUAACAUUCUACACAAACGUUAGUACAAACUGUAUCUUUCAAAAGUCGACGUGUACUGAAGAGGGACAAGUGAUCUAUGGUCAAGGAAACCGUAACAUCGAUGCCACCUGCAGAUGUGACUACAAAAGAGGUUAUGAUUUUCUUGUCGAAACUCUUAAUCCAUGUUUUUGUGUCCCAUCAAAAGAAGAUUGCUCAUGUUAUGUAAAGAGAUGUCCUAACUCAACUGACAAGUUAUCUCCAGAUUAUAAAUGUCUUAAUGAUGACGAGAACAUAACUCUAUCUGAAUGUAAACCAAUUAUCUACGAAAGGGUAAUCGCAACUGUAAACAAAAAUAAAACGGAGAACAUUUUAACAAGACAGAAUAUCUCAUAUGAAGUGCAACGGAAUAUAAUGAUAUACUCUAUAUGUAUUGGUUUAACCAUUGCCUUCUGUACUGGAGUUCUGAUAAUUCAGUCGAGUUUGGAAGCAUUUUUAUAUCUUGUCGAACCUAGCAGUGACAUUGAGCUUAUUGAGGGAGACACUGUAACACUAGAGUACAAGCUGUUGAUUAAUAUAUUUCCGAAUUCCUUUUUGAAAAAUGGUAAAGUUGUACCACUAAUCGACAAAAUGAGUAAAAAAGAGAAAGGUCAAAUGAUAAGACUUAAGAUCACAAAUGUUUCUGUAGAUGACGUUGGAGUCUACUGUUUGGAGGUUGCAGGUCGAAGAAGUAGUCUAACAAACUUGGUUAUACGGCGUAGCUUUAUUGAAGAACCUCCCCGUGACAUACAGCUAGUUGAGGGACAAACUGUUGAACUUAAGUACAAGUUGUUGAAUGACAAACUUUCGGGUACCUUUUUGAAAAACGAUCUGUUUUUACCAGCAUUGAAAAAUAUUGAAAAAUUUGUAGAGGGUGUCUGGAAAAAAUUAAAAAUUACAAAUAUUACUCAAAAAGAUGUUGGAAUGUACUGUUUGGAGGUGGCAGGACACAGAAGUAGGCUAACUAAAGUGAUUAUCAAACGUAUGAAACUUAUUUUUAGAGUAUUUACCUAUUUGUUCUAUCCUCAGAUCCAGCCCAACACACACGCUCACACGCACACACACACACCGAUGUUUAUAAAUGCAUAUCAAUGUUUAGAGUUAAGUUGA